GGAGAACACGAGGCGCCUGAAGGCCAGGCUGCUGCACAGCUCCAUCUUCUCAAAAAUCCUGCCCUGUUGGGAGAGGGAGGACAGCCGGGGCUGUUUCCACCACUGUUAAGCUGGAGUCAGUUGACUGUUGCAGAGCUACUCUGUGUAACACAGGAAAUCCUACGUUCCUUACUGAUGCUUCCGAAAAUGCCGCAUCCUCCAUGGAUGAAGAUGACUCCUCUCUGUUUGCUUGCAGAUGGUUCCCUUGGGAGGAGUUCCUGACAUCACAGAGGCAUCUCCAAAUUCAGGGGAAACACUGUCAGGAAGGAGAAGAGGGAAUUUGGGCACUGGUUUAGGACUUCUGAGUGGAAACAUGGACGGGAUUCACUUUGGGACAACUUGGGACUGAUAAUCAGAGAGAACAGCUGUGAUGUGACAGAUCUUUGUUACCCUCACAAAGUGCAAACAGCCAGGGACCCGGGGGAGCUGCUGGAAUACACUCUGCCCUUUCCCCUAGUACAGCAGAGUUUGAAGUGCUGUGGAGACCUUCUGGGUAUGCCCUCAUCACUGGACAAAAACCACCCUUUUCUGAAGGCUUUCCACUUGAAAAGGAAGGAAGCUGUUUUACCUGCAUGUGACAAUCCCAGAGGACACCGAUCAAGAAACAGGGGAGUGACUUGGUCUUCUGCACUACUUUACUCCUACCCCCAUUUUUUUUAGGGGGAGGGAAGGAUUUUUCCAGUCCAAGAACCUCUUGCCCCCGAGUUUUGGAAGGGGGCUGAAGAAUUGUCACCCAUCUGGGGGUGCAUGAAGGGCAUUGCUUUUCUUUCUGUGUCACCUUGGUUUUGUGGAGGUUUGGAAGAGAACUUUGCCUGGGAGAAGAGGAUGGUCUGGAAGCGGCUGGGCGCCCUGCUGCUGUUCCCGGUGCAGAUGGUGUAUCUGGUGGUGAAAGCUGCCGUGUGCCUGCUGCUGCCGCCCAAGCUGCGAGACCUGUCCCGGGAGAACGUGCUGGUCACCGGCGGGGGCCGAGGCAUCGGCCGGCACCUGGCCCGGGAAUUCGCCAGGAGAGGAGCCAGGAAGAUCAUCCUGUGGGGUCGGACUGAGAAAUGCCUGAAGGAGACCACGGAGGAGAUCAGGAUGAUGGGGACAGAGUGCCACUACUUCAUCUGUGACGUGGGGAAUCGUGAGGAAGUCUAUCGGCAAGCCAAGGCCGUGCGGGAAAAGGUGGGUGACAUCACCAUCCUGGUGAACAAUGCUGCUGUGGUUCAUGGGAAGAGCCUGAUGGACAGCGACGACGAUGCACUGCUCAAAUCCCAGCACAUAAACACCCUGGGACAGUUCUGGACCACCAAAGCAUUCCUGCCAAGGAUGCUGGAGCUCCAGAAUGGGCACAUUGUUUGCCUGAACUCUGUCCUGGCCUUGUCAGCCAUCCCUGGUGCCAUUGACUAUUGCACCUCCAAAGCCUCGUCCUUUGCUUUCAUGGAGAGCCUGACCCUGGGGCUGCUGGACUGUCCUGGAGUGAAUGCCACCACAGUCCUGCCCUUCCACACCAGCACAGAGAUGUUCCAGGGCAUGAGAAUCAGGUUCCCUAGUCUUUUUCCUCCUCUCAAGCCAGAGACAGUGGCGAGGAGGACGGUAGAAGCUGUUCAGACGAAUCAAGCCUUCCUGCUCCUUCCAUGGACAAUGCACGUUCUUGUUAUCCUGAAAAGCAUUCUCCCCCAGGCAGCACUUGAAGAAAUCCACAAGUUUUCUGGGAGCUACACCUGCAUGAACACUUUUAAAGGACGAACAUAGGCUGGCACAAGGACUGUUCUGCAGCGAACCCAGCACAAGCAUGAAAAUCCUACAGGACUGUGAAUCAACAAGUCUUGGCUUUCAGCCUGUUCAUGUGACUUGUGCUGCUCUGAGGCAACACAUUUCUUGCAGGUCAUAUCCAUAGUAACAUGACCUUUGCACAGGAUUGAGUGAGUGGACUAUGGACCCUUGGAAAGAAAAACAGAAAGUGUGAAAUGUUUCUAUGAUGUUUAAUUCUUUAGAGUUCAAUUGUUAAAUCUACUCAUAGUUUUAAGAUGUGAUUUUUGUUCCUUAAGUGUCUGUGGGCUGUCUCAGUGGAGAGGCAGCACAUCCCAUCCCAAGCACACUUUGUGCCCCCUCUCCAGAGGAACUGCCACUGGUUUCAUUUCAGCUUUUUGAAUGGGGAACUUCAAAAUUGCUUUGAAGAACUAAAAGAUAUGGACAUUUAAUGGACGCUUCCUUCUCUUUCUUCACUUUCCAUCCCAUGAUGAAGCUGUUCCCAGCACACACUGGGGAAGGAGCAAGCCAUGAAGCAAUGUUUUCUUUGCUAAAGGCCACCCAGGACUUCCCUUUCUGGGCCCAAAAAAGCUGUUGUACUUCCCCUGUGGAGGCUGGACAGGAAGGCUCAGGCAGCAGAGCUGGGAGUUUAAGUAGUGGAAGAUUCUUUCUGUCACUGAACUCACACGUGAAAUUGUCGUUCUGAUUUUUUUUUUUUUUUUUGUUCAUUUCUGUUAAAAUAUAAAUAUAUUUUUAGUGUUAAUCCCAGACUGCCACACAUGUAGGCAGCAGCACAUUAGGGAUGAACUAAAUCUAGAACUAAAACUAGAGCCUGCUUGUAAAAACAUACAUUCACUGACAUAAUCCAUGCAGAGGAAAAUCCGUUGUAUCAGUCUGCACAGUGAAGUGGAAUAAUGCUCUAAGAGACAGUGCUGUUGUGCUCAUGAGAUGUGAAAUUUGGGAGCACAUUUAGCAAAGACCUGAUUAAAUGCAUUUUGAAUUCAUCUGGGAAUAAACCCGUUGUGCUUUAGGGACAUUGAAACAGGCACUGAUCAGCCAAAAGUGAUAAAUAUGCUUGGACUGAGGUGCCAGAAGCAGCUAGACAUUAUUUAUUUUUGUAAUGAAAUAUUCCCUUUGACAGCCUAGGAAGGGCAGCACUGCAUUCCUAUGCAAAAUGCAGUGAGCAGCACAUUGGAGCACUACUAACAGAGAAAUUAAUAUAAUUGCAAUACAGGAAGUAGCAAGUCCAACUGGAGACACCUGAAUGAAGUGCCUCAAGGGUGGAUGUGUGAUUAAAGGAGUGAAUUUAGGGCUCCUGACUCGAAUUUCGAGCUUUUCUGUAGAUGUCCUGCAUGGCUUGGGGCAAAAUGCAUCAUUUGAAGGAGCACCCUGACCUGCAAAGCAGAUAUUUCUAGUGUUUCCCUACCUCAAAAUUGCAAGUCUGACUACCUAAAUACCUGUCAAAAGCUCAGCAAAUUCAAAUGCAACAUGUUAUAGAAAGGCAAAGCAGUAUAUGUUCAUAGACCAGGAGGUUCUAUACAAAAAUUUAGAUGAGGAAAAACCCAUGUGCCGCAGUGUAUCAUCUCCUAAAAGACUCCUGAGGUACAGCAGAAAAGCUGUGAGCUCUGUUUAAAAUACUCCUUUGGUUCUGCCAUGUAGAAUGGAGACCUGCUACUGACAUGCAAAGGUGUGAGUGUUAAAAUCAGGUCUGACCUUACUGCAGACCAUUGGGUUUCUCCUUUCUGGAGCUCUCCAAAAGAUGCUGCCAGAAGUGCCACUGUUGAAGUGUCUCUGCCUGGGUGAGUGUUUGGAGGGGCUCUCCUGCCUGAGUCAGUGCAGAACCAUAACCUGGAGCACUGUGACACCUCUGAACAUGUUUCUUAAAAUGCAGUUUUCCUUGGAAUUCCUGGUUGUCUGAGGCUCUCUGGAGAGGAUGAAAAGAAACUUCAAUGUCUGUGAUUUUGAGACCCACCCUAAUAGAUGCUUCCAGCUUUAUUUUUUGUCAAUUUUUUUUGAGAAGCCCAACUCACUGAAAAGUCAAGUGCCAUGAGGGGAGAACUCUUCCAGGAUCUGCCUGGAAUACUGAAGGUACCAGGUUUAUCACGAGAGGUUUGGGAGAGGAACUUCCCCUUGUGCUCUCUGAUCCAUUCCAGCUUCUCAUUAAUCCCAGCUGGGUGUGCCAGGCUUGUAGCUGCAAGUGCAAUCAGCUGUGGUGAAAGAGCAGUGUCCCCUUGAAAUUAAACCUUUGUGCUGAGA